UUGGAAGCUACAUUGUUUACUAAGACGUAAACACUGAAGUGCCACUCCCUAUCUAAUUCUUAUAUAGUGUAAUCUGUUUUUUAUUUUUAGUAUAAGUUGUCUCACACAAAUAAUUUAUGACAAAAAAUGUCUGAUGAUGUUUAUACAUGGCUGUCAAAACUCACAACAACAAAACCAUUAAUGGAUCAUUGGCGUUUACCCAAUUCAAAUUAUUCUGAUCCAGUAAGAGAGCUGUAUGCCAAUGACAACAAGCAGAAUUCUCCAGACUUAUGGGUAUGGAUCGUUGGAAGUAUGAGUUUUACAUUAAUAUGCAUCAUGGCUGUUUUUUUCAUCGGUUGGAGAAAAAUUGGGAAAAAGUCGUCCAAAGGAAAAAUAUAUGCCAAAGAUUAUGCUAGCCCUUAUUAUGAAGCACCAGUUGACAUUCAAUUGGAGGAGGUUCAUGUAUAUGAGAAAGGAAGAAGAGUCUCUAGUGCUGUCAGAUCCUCUCUAAAAGCAAAUGACUGUGAAAAUGAAUCUCUUGCUUUUGAUAAAACAAGGUCUCAAAGUUUAUGCGAUGAUAGAAUGCAACAUUCAGUUGAUCUGACAAUGGAAAGCGAUGUCCUUGUUUUGAAAGAAAUAGAAAAUGAAAAACCAAAGAAAAAGCUUAAAAGAUUUUUACACUGUUCUCAUCUUAAGAAAUUGAACACACCUGCCAAGUCAAAACAACAAGAAAAAAUGGCAGAAAUUAUCAGACCUUUUCAUGGACGUCCACUGCCUCCACCACCAACCCUUUCUGACCUUCUUAAAGACAAACACAAAAACCCAUUUUACCGCAGCCAUAUGUCAUUCGAGUCAUACAUGAAAAGUUUUGAGGAUGUAAAAACCAGUAUGAAUUUCGACAAAAAUAGCAACCAACUUUUAAAUAAGUCACAAGAACAGAUUAGGGUAAAGGCAUUCCAAAAUCAUAACCACGCAAAUCCCAGGUUAACAGAAAAUGAAAAUUGCUCUCCUUUGCCUCUCCAAUCAAAGUUCUUUGAUGACCAGUACAUAUCUUAUAACAAUAAAACAAGCUGCAAAAGAAAGAUUAUUAGAUGCUCAAAAAGUUUAGACAUACUUGAAGAAUCUCUUACAACUGAUAAACUUAAUUCAGAAAUAAACUACUCUUCAGCCCCAAGCAUUUGUGAAAGUCAGGGAUAUAUAAAGUUGCCAUGCGAAGCCCCACCCUCCAUAAAUGCAUAUGAAGAGCAAGAACAUAUCACAGAUAGCAAAAUAAAAACCAAAAGUAAAGAAAUAAAGGAAGAUGAAAACACAUAUGCGCAAAUACCAGACUUGUUUAUUACUAGUGAAUCACUUAACUUGCAGCAGCGACCAAUCCCCAUCCCACCUGAACAUCAACAUUCUCCAUUAAAAAUAACUUUAUCAAAAGAUCACAUUUACCAAAGAGCUUCAAUUAUCCAGACAGAAAACAAUAAUAAAAGAGGAAGCAGUCUCGCUGAACAAUUUGCAUCAUUUCGAAGCAUAUCUUCAAAUGGAAGUAAUCAGUAUGCAAAGAUUCCAGAAAUUAUUGAUAAUAAAACAUGUAUACAAGUAGUUAAAGUUGAUGUGAGACCUGGGUACAAAUUUAAAUAAAUUCAAUUGUAUUAUGAAAAAAGAUGUAGGAAAUUUGAUAUGUUUUUACAGUGCAGUGGUUUGUCUGCUAAUACACCUUACUGAAGCUAAAAAUAACUCAGAACAGAUUUUACAAGCUGGAUUUGAUUUUCAACUUUCCUACAUCCCUCACAACAAUGCAUGUAAUAGCUCAAAUAAUUUGGUCAGGAUUUAAAAAAUAGACAGAUCCAGCCUGUUGUGUUUCAAUGGCUAGAUUUUCAUGGGAAUAAAAUAAAGGAAUAAAUUACAAACACAUAAUAAAUAUUUACAUUAAAUUUGCAAAUUUAGGAAAAAAACUCGAAAAGAUUUGCCUUAAAUUGCUUAUAAUAUUCGGAAUCCUUAUCAGCGGGUCUCUUGGUUCCUGAGCGCUUUUACAAAAUGGUACAUAAUGGCGCAUUCAUCACAAAAGUAAAAUACCUUGGAGACAAGAUUGAUCCUGAUUCCACUGAAGAUGAGUGUUCAAGCCUUAUAAACACGGUACUUUUAAAAGAAAAUUUUUAAUGAAGCACAACACUGUAUUCAGAAGUUUUAAAAAUGUAAAUUUCAUUAUAGAAGAAAUAAAAUCCACAAAAGUUUUUUCUU